CCGCCGCGCCGCCCGCCCGCCCGCCCGCCCUCCGGUCCGCCGCGCCGCCCGCCCGCCCGCCCGCCCGCCGCCACCAUGAUGUGCGGCGCGCCCUCCGCCACCAAGGUGGCCACCGCCGAGACCCAGAACAUCGCCGACCAGGUGAAAUCACAGCUGGAAGAGAAAGAAAACCGCAAGUUCUCUGUUUUCAAAGCCGUGUCUUUCAAGAGCCAGGUGGUGGCGGGGACCAACUACUUCAUCAAGGUUGACGUGGGGAAUGAAGAGUUUGUGCACUUAAAGGUGUUCCACAGCCUCCCCCACGAGAACAAGCCGCCCGCCCUGUCUGCCUACCAGAGCAACAAGAGCCAGCAGGACGAGCUGGGCUACUUCUAGCCGUGCCGGCGCCGGUGCCAACCGUUCACCUAGUGCCACGGCCGGAGCCCGGGAGGAAGCGGGGCUCACAGCUCGGGGGCCGGGGCCGGGCGGAGCUGCGUCUCUCACUUCGAUCAUGAUUCCUGAAUUUCACGAUUGAUUUUUCUUUCUCACCGUGAAUGAUCUUUGUUAUUUUCAAAGAGCUAUCUUUAAAUAUAUAUAUUUUAAAUGUCAA